CACUGCUUGCUGUGUUACCCAUGCUCAAGUUAACGUUCCCUAUUUUAAACCUGUAUAGUUAAAGUAUAAUUUUCUAUUCUAUAAUAAAAUGUAAACUGUGCAAGAGGACCAAAAUUAAUAUUGACUAAUGCAUUAACUUUUCCAAAGAUAACUUUCAUUACUUUUAAGAAAAUUUUAUCUUGAUUGUAAUAUUAAUUAUUGAACUUUAUUCCUGACUCCUCUGUAACUGAUUUCAUUAAGGUAACUUAGGGUAUCUUGAGAAGAGAUACUGUAGGAAACAGUUUUGUACUCUCUACUUGAUGUAAGGUUUCUGUGUGAGAACACAACUAUUCUGAAGCUAAGCCUUAAAAUAUCUUAUCUUGUAUGUUAAGUACUGUUGUAUCUUGAGUAAAAUCUAUAGAGAUAAGUCUUCUGAAAGGUUAGCUUGAAUUGACACCUUGCAUCAGGGAGUAUUAAGAUUUUCUUUAAUCUAGCAGCACAAAGUGAAUAUACCAUCAGUCACAAGUGUAAACAUGUUUAUGUGCCUUUAUAGUCUAGCAGCCUGAGUCUCAAAGUGGCUCAUAGUAGCUGUUUGUAGAAGAGCAUAAAAUCUGCAAUGUUUCAGUUUGGGGGUGUCGUGACAAUAUUAAAUGCAAAUUUUGUUACUGCCUUUUAGCCCUCCUUCAAACUAGUAUUGACAUCUGACAUCUGUAAUUCCCACCAGCAAGAAGUCUCAGGUCUUAGUUUUGCCUUCUGCAUGCAAAUACACCCUUCUGUUUGUUUUUAACUACCCAAUACUUUCAUUUGAUCCCUGUUUUUGUUGUUGGGAGGGGAAAAAAAGGGAAAAAGAUGGCAACCCUUAAAUGUUCUUUAAGUGUGUAUGUUUGCUUCAACUGUUUAUUUCCAUCUACAGUCUAGUUCAGAAAGCUAUUUCUGAACUAACCACCACAAUUAAAUAAUGGUAUUUAUGCCCCAAAUUCAUUGCUUGCACAAAUAAACAAAGAUUUAGUACUUAUGAAGUUCGAGUGGGUUUAAAGGAUCAGCACCAAAUUGUUUCAGUUAGGGCAUGAUUCUAUCAAUGCACUGUUUGUGCUGAAUGUGUCCUCUCUAGUUUUAAAAUGUGAGGAUUUGUUUGUAACAAAUAAAUGAGAGGGCUCCGUGUUGCUGAACGGGGUCACUUUGGCCUCGGCACAAGCUACUGACGUUCCAAGCAGGUGCCUCGCUCCUGACUGGCAUUUAUUAGGUUAAACGCUGAAGGAAAGUGGGAGGGACCCGAGUAGUCGCAGCCUGGGGCUGAGCUAUUGCCGGGAAGAGGUGCUCUAACCGGGUGAGAACAACUUCUUCAGCUCUUAUCUCCCGCCUCUGCUUUCCAGUUUAUCCAAGUGGAGUUUUUACACAUGUCAACAAAAGACCGAAGCUGAAACAAACAUUACACAAAUGCCAGAGAAGGUCAGCGUGGCUCCUUACCCUGAUGAUGAGAUGCCAGUGAAGAGUCGAGGUUCCUACAAUCUUGAUUUUGAUAACCUACACGACAUCAAUCCUUUUCAAAGUUCAGUACAGUUGCCUCAUUCUCCUGGAAAUCUACAAAAGUCUCCUGUAAAAGUACCCAGCCCUGAGAAAACUAUUGAAAAAAGUAGUGACUCUCUUCUGUGGGAUGAUGCAGCUCCUUUUGCUUCAACCACAGCAAGUACAGAGUGCUUAAGUGAAGACAAGGCUCUCAUCUCUGAAAAAGAAUCUGCACUGAGCGAGCUGGAGUCUAACAAAUCCAAGCUGUCCCCUAAGCAAGCAGUUGGUGACUCUGAGCAGGGUGUGAAGUCUGCUUCCACAGAUGCAAGCCAAACUGAUAAUUCAGUGGUAUUAGCAGAGGCACCUACACCUCCUGUGCAGUCACCUGGCAGCUUAGGUCCCAGUAGUUCUGAUGUGAGUAACUCUUUUAAAACUGGGGAAUCAAAGCUUCAGAAUGCUUCUGUAGCAGAACAAGCCUCUGCACAAGAGUCAAAGCCUGAUGAAGAGCUGGGUGUCUCCAAAGAGAAACCUGCAGAAAAGCCUGAUAUCACCAAGGCUGGACCAGUAAAACUGGAAUUUGACUUUGAUAAUACCACUGCUAGAAAACCACCUCCUAAGAAACUAGGUAAAAGACCUGGAAUUAAGCCACCUUCCAAAAAAAUUCCUGUUACCAAAACAAAACCGGAGAAUACUGAAGUGCAAGAUAAAAGUAAUGUGGAGGAUGAAAUCCCUAUUCCUAAAGCAUCUUAUCAGUUUGAUUGGGACAAACUUGAUGAUCCAAACUUUAAUCCAUUUGGAGGAGGCUCUAAAAUUUCCACCUCGCCCAAGCGUUCUAAACCCAGUUCUCGGAAAGCUCACCUGCCAGAGGAACAGGAGAGUAAAUCACCAAGAAGGGAACCUCUUCCAGUGGAGCAGGAUAACAGGCCAAGUACCUGUGAAACUCUUGAGAAAGAAGAACCCAAAAAUCUGGGAAUUGUUGAGCAGAGUGUGGUAGAAGACAUGCCAAAAGCUCAAGAAGAGAAGCCAGGAGUUCAAGCAGAAGCUGAACUUCCAGGAAAAAGAGAAGUGGAGAAGCAAAUGAGCCCAUCUAAAACGUCUCCAGCUUGUGUUGCCCCCUCUCAAGAUAAUUUGGUUUCCACUGACAGUGGAAAAAAGUCAAUGUCUGCAGAAGAAAUUAAACCGACUUCCCCUAGAAUUGAAGUAAGAGCAGAGGAGACAGCUAAUGCUGAACCUGAAGAGUUCUUCAGACCAUCAUCAGAAGUUUUUGGAAUGGGCAUAGAUUAUCUGGAACAGUUUGGGUCUUCAUCAUUCAAAGAAUCAGCCUUGAGAAAGCAGUCACUGUAUUUGAAGUUUGACCCUCUGUUGAGAGACAGUCCAAGAAAACCAGUUUAUGGUACUAUUGAAUCAAGUGAUAGUAUCAUGACAGCUCCAUCUCAGCCUGGGCCUGUUGCUGAUUUAAUUAAAGUGCCUGAGGAAGCUGGAAAGCCUCUAGUGAGUCUUCAGAGUGAAGAAAAACCAAAAGGACUAGAUCUUCUGGGGACAUUUACAACUUCUGAUGCUGGUCCCCUAAUUCCAGACUCCCUGAGUAGUGAUGUUCCUCCAGUCCCUUUUGCUACUUCUACAAACACUGCAGUGGAUGCUAUUAUAGAUGUGCUAAAAUAUAGCCAAAAAGACAUGGACGCAGCUGUUGAACUGGUGAAGAGAGAGGUUCAAGAAAAAGAGCUGGAGAUUGAGGAAUGGACUCAGAAGUAUAAUAAGCUUCAUAUGGAAUACAAAGAAAUGGGAAAAAUAGUUGCUGAAUUUGAACAGACAAUAACACAAAUUAUGGAGGAUGCUCAGAAGCAAAAGGAAACCUCAAGGAAAGAAAUACAGAAGCUGAUGGAAGAGAAGCAGCAAGCUCUUUCAGAUCUGAACUCUAUGGAGAAGUCCUUCUCUGAAAUCUUCAAACGACUUGAGAAACAGAAAGAGGCAUUAGAGGGUUACCACAAAAAUGAAGAAGUUCUGAAGAAAUGUGCAGAAGAUUACUUAGCCAGAAUUAAAAAAGAGGAGCAGAGAUACCAGGCACUCAAAGCACAUGCUGAGGAAAAGCUGCAGCAAGCCAAUGAGGAAAUUGCCCAGGUUCGCAGCAAAGCAAAGUCAGAGACUGCAGCACUUCAGGCCACUCUGCGUAAAGAGCAGAUGAGGAUCCAGUCUUUAGAGAGGAGCCUUGAGCAAAAGACUAAAGAAAAUGAUGAAUUAACGAAAAUCUGUGAUGACUUGAUCUUGAAGAUGGAAAAAAAUUGAUAUCUUAACUGUCUUGUAAAUAUGUUUAUUUUCUCUGACUUGCUGUCUUGUGUGUUCAUUCACUUUUUUUAAUGUAUGUGGGGAAAAAAUAAAAUUCUUGAUUCACUCUUCCA